GAAGGACUCAGUUAAUGCGCGCAUCAUGAAGCAACGACGGCGCGGAUUGUUUCUGCGGUUCUUGACUGCGUCGCUGCUCUUCUUGCUUGUUGCGUCUGUUUCUCAGGCGAGGCCGCGCCCUGGACGAGAACCAAGUUAUCUCAAGUUCGUAGCAAAUGCCACUGAGUUACCAUCGGAGGAAAACUAUGACUACGUUAUCGUUGGUGGAGGUACCGCCGGUUGCCCUCUGGCGGCCACGUUGUCGCAAUCCUACAAGGUUCUUCUCCUCGAACGCGGCGGAGUUCCCUACGGCAGACCAAGUUUGAUGACGCAAGAGGGCUUCUUGUCCACGCUCACAAACGUCGACUCGUUUGACUCAGCUUCCCAAUCCUUCGUCUCGGAAGAAGGUGUCCCCAACGCAAGAGGGCGGGUUCUUGGUGGAAGCAGUGCGAUAAACGCCGGAUUCUACAGCAGGGCAGACCCAGAUUUCUAUCAGUACUCUGGCGCCAAUUGGGACCUCAGAGUGGUGAAUGAGUCCUACGAAUGGGUUGAGAGGGCCGUCGUGUUUAGACCGGAGCUUAGAAACUGGCAAUCAGCAGUCAGAGAUGGGUUGUUGGAGGCUGGGGUCGAUCCUUACAAUGGUUUCAGUUUGGAUCACGAGGUGGGGACGAAGAUUGGAGGCUCUACCUUUGAUGGCAGAGGGAGGAGGCAUAGCGCUGCUGACCUGCUCAACUAUGCCAAUGCCAGCAACAUAAAUGUGGCCGUUUAUGCAAGCGUGGAGAGGGUGCUGCUGGCAUACAGCGGCCCUCGUGGAAGCUCGAGGUCUUCCAUUUCAGCCAUCGGCGUGGUGUAUCGAGAUCGGAUGGGGCAGUAUCAUCACGCCAUGGUGCGUGAGAAUGGGGAAGUGAUCCUCUCAGCUGGUGCCAUUGGGACUCCUCAGCUGCUGUUGUUGAGUGGGAUUGGCCCAAGGCCUUACCUUUCUUACUGGGGGAUUCCUGUGGCCUACCAUCUUCCAUACGUGGGGCAGUAUCUCUAUGACAAUCCUCGGAAUGGGAUCUCAUUCGUGCCUCCAGUGCCACUGGAACACUCGCUGAUACAAGUGGUUGGCAUCACCGAGCUCGGAGCAUAUGUUGAGGCAGCCUCCAACGUGAUCCCAUUUGUAUCCCCUGCGCGUUCAGUCUUCAUCAGGGCACCAUCUGCGCCGCUGUACCUGACGGUGGCCACUCUGAUGGAGAAGAUCGUUGGCCCACAAUCUGUUGGGUAUCUGAGGCUGGCCUCUACAGAUGUCAGGAUGAACCCACUGGUGCGUUUCAAUUACUUCUCAAGCCCUAUUGACAUGGAGAGGUGUGUGAACGGGACCCGCAAGCUCGGGGAUGUGCUGAGAACCCGUGCUAUGGCGGACUUCAGGGUUCGUGACUGGUUCGGUGUUCGGAACUUCAGGUUUGUCGGGCCAGCACUGCCUGUGGAUCAGUCUGAUUUCGAGCAGAUGGCUGAUUUCUGUCGACGGACUGUUAGCACCAUAUGGCAUUACCAUGGAGGCUGCGUGGUGGGGAAAGUGGUGGAUGCUGACUACCGUGUUUACGGCAUUCGGUCACUGAGAAUCGUGGAUGGCUCAACGUUAACAAUCUCGCCAGGCACCAAUCCACAGGCCACUCUCAUGAUGCUUGGCAGAUACGUCGGCCUCAAGUUAAUCAAGGAGCGAGAAGUACAACCUGCGACGAAGUCUGAUUCUGGCGACCUGUAGUGUAACUGACCUUGUAGAAGGGAUACAGCAGGUACUUCAUUAUCAGUAGUCUGUAUGUUGGAGUUCAUCUGAAGGUGUUCAGUUUUGUACUUAGGAUAUUGACAGUUUGUAUGCAAUUCUAUCAUGCCUAUAGAAUGAAAUGUUAGGCGGUAUACAAGCAAUGAAGCAACUCAUGUUUCUUCAUUGCCAAAUGGAGAGGUUGGUAAUAUGACUGAUGAAGUUGUACAUGGGAUAAUGAGAGGAUGAUGGUUCAUCUCUCUUUGGUAAGAAACUUGUUUGAGUUUGACUUCCCAUCAAACUAUCUAGCUAAGUUGUUGUCUGUAUAUGAUGAAUUUGAUUUCA